CUUGGAACCAAUAUACAGUAUUGAUUCUAAGAUGAAAUUUUUUCUUUUAAAUGCUAGGAGAUCUAGUGAUGAGGAAAAAGCAGAAACUUAGUUGUCCUGAAUAUUUACAGGAUAAAUGCUGGCCUGCUCUCUGAUCGCUCUGGGACUGAGGGCAGCUUGCAGACAACCUGGAAAAACCUGUCCCUUCAUGAAGGCUCUUAGGAGAGACUAAAAACCUUUGAAAGGAAUUAAAUUCCAAUACUUGGAACACUUAGGCAGAGCUGGGGUAGUAGCAGGUUAAUCUUUCACAAAGUGAAAAGAGGCCGAGCUCCCCAGCCCUGUGGCAGAUGGUGAGAAGAAAAGGGGGUAAGGGACCCUGCCAGGCAGCUGCUGCCAUUUAAACUUUUCAUGUGGUUUCACAGGAAUGCCUUUGGGCCUGGAAAUAUAAAGUAUACGGGGGUGGAUUGGUGAUGAGAGCGAUGGGAGUACUCAUGCUAAGUGGGAACCUCUGCUUGGGAUGGUGAUUACUGGCUCCUCUUUGAAGUGGGGAGCUUUGGAUUGUCCAUUUGGAAGCAUAGGUAGGCAUGGACUGGUAGUAUUACCUUUAAGGAGGCCAAACCCCUGACUAGGGUGACGAUGGUGACUGAAGGGGGACAGAAAUCCUCGCCUUUUGUGGAGUUGGCAAACGUAUCAUUUCAAAAAGACAUCGGGGGCCAUUUUUGCAUCAGGCAGUAAUGGAGUCGUUAAUCCGCAGUAAGUGAAGUUGGGAGAAGUCUUGACCAUCAGUCUAAGGACGGAAGCUCCCUCUAGCAAUAUACACUGCGGUUUUUAGGCAUAGAUAGCACAUAGAGGAAGGCUGUUUUCCCCAAUGGAAAAGGAAGAGUCUGCACUAGGGAGCUUCAGAAUGUCCUGUGUUGUUCUGAAUCUAUAAACUUAUUAAUACACAAACGUCCAGACCAGUUGGGGUGACAGUGUCUUAUGGACAAACCAUAUAGAGAAGACGUGGCAAGAUGAUAAUAUAAUUGGAAUCCAAAAUAUAUGACACAGAAGUUUUGAAUUCUAGGACAACUUGGAACAACGGUAGGGAAGUCUCUUCCCCCUUUCCGUUCAUCAGUUGAACUCAUCUAUAGGAUAAGGGAUUUAUUUUGUUUUCUUUGUCAUAUAGGUUUAAUUACUUGAUGAUACACAUGCCUAUAUGAUGUAACUACUUGCCCUGGGGUAGUAAUAAGGGGUUUUGAAUAAAUAAUUUCUAAGUGAUUUCAGGUAGUAUCUCAGUGAGAUCACAGGCCUGGAGUCUGGAGGACCUGGGCUCAAAUUUGGGCUCAAAUUUGGCCUCAGGGGGGCGGGGGCUUGUUUCCCUGCCACCACCAGGGUCAAGGGGGCGGGGUGGAACGCGCAUGCGCGCAAGGAGGCGCCGACGAAUUGAACGCCACCAUCACCGCCACCAUCACCGCCACCGCCGCCACCUUCGUCUUCACAGCACGGGGACCAGCCAUCGCUGCCGCCUCCCCUACCUCACCCUGCUCUGAUGGCGACUGCCGACGAAUCUCACGAGGAGUAUGAAUCGACCAGUGAGAGCAUGGACGAUAUCAGCCAAGAUUCCCGGUUUGGUUCCUUCCUCUCUCUGCCGGAUCGGGAGAUUAAGACUCUGGAGGAAGAUGAAGAAGAACUCCUUAAGAUGCGAGCAAAGCUGUUCCGAUUUGCAUCUGAGGAUGAACUUCCAGAGUGGAAAGAGCGAGGGAUAGGUAAUGUGAAGCUACUGAGACACAAGGAGAAUGGGGCAAUUCGCCUCCUCAUGAGACGAGACAAGACUCUGAAGAUCUGUGCGAAUCACUAUAUAACCUCACUGAUGGAGCUGAGGCCCAAUGCAGGCAGUGACAGGGCUUGGGUUUGGAACACACAUGCUGACUUUGCCGAUGAAAGUCCAAAGCCAGAGCUGCUGGGCAUCCGAUUCCUGAAUGCAGAAAGUGCCCUGGAGUUUAAGGAAAAAUUUGAAGAAUGCCAGGAGGAGCUAAAAAUACGAGAAAAGAAAGAAGAAUUAAGUUUGUCCUCAGGCUCUUCUUAGCAUAUAAUCCUGGGCAAAUCACUUAAAUCCGUUUGCCUAGCUCUUGCCUUUCUGUCUUAGAGUUUUUACCAAGAUAGAAAGUAAGGAUUUUUAAAAAAAGAAAAGCAAGGGCAAUAGAAUUUGGACGGUUAACAUAAAGUCUUUUUACUGCCCUUGGCCGUAUCUUUUUGUUUUUAUUUUUUAAGUAAAUUUUUACUGAUAUUAUUUAUUUUCAUAUCAUCCAUAAACCUUUCCCUCCUGCCUCCUAGAGUCAUCCCUUAUAAUAAAGAAUUUAAAAAGAGGAAAGAAAAAAAAAGGUCAGAAAAAUGAAUCAGCAUAGGGCCUUGACUUUCAAAGAAGCAAAGACCAAGUGGUUACAUCAUGGGCUUACCUGUAGGAAAAGGAAAAAGUAAUUAUACUUAAUACCAUCAACCCUCUUAGCCUGUUAGGGUAUUUUUUUUUUUUUAGUUUUGUUUUAAAAAUUAACAGCCAGGAACAGAAAAUAUAUGACUACCACAGGAUUAUUUCAUAUAGAAAAGACAAAAAUCCAAAUCCUAAACCACAAGAGAUCCUUCCUAUGCUGUAACUGCUUACUUGUCAUCUAAAUGGAAUGCUAGUUUUUAGUUGGCCAGAUCAAGAAAGCCCUGUAAACUAGUUGUUAAGAAGAUUUGGGGUUUCAUCAUCUGGAUGAUUAGUGACCAACCCUCACAAGCACAUCUCAUACAACACCAGGCUCUUAGGUAGGAAAGAGCAAUGAGUCAAUUCUCCAAUAAUAUAAGAUAUCCCAAGAGUCUUAAUGCUGUUUUACACUAUUAAAAUCCAUGCUAACCACCUAUUUUCUCUACUCCUGGAUGUUAAUUGAUAAAAUGAAACCAAAAUAUACUUAAACUUUAAGGUACCAAACCUGUACUAAGACCUCUGGUAG